AUGCCACAUCGAGAGCAUAAUAUUCCAGCCAGUUCAACAUAUGCUGGAGGUUCAACAUAUGCUGGAGGUUCAACGUAUGCUGGAGAUUCAAUACUUGCUGGAGAUUCAGCACUUGCUGGAGGUUCAACAUAUGCUGGAGAUUCAACAUAUGCUGGAGGUUCAACAUAUGCUGGAGGUUCAACGUAUGCUGGAGAUUCAAUACUUGCUGGAGAUUCAGCACUUGCUGGAGGUUCAACAUAUGCUGGAGGAAGAGUAACCUCUUGUUGCGGGAGGUUCGACAUUGACCGCGUAGGAUUUUCAUUCAA